CCAACCCCCGCCCUCUCUCCCACAUCCCUCGCCAUGAGCGGCGUGCGUGCUCACCUCGCCAGCAGGCUCCGCAGCACCUCCCUGUCCGCCGUCCCCCCUCCCCAGCACAGCUCAAACUACUCGCGCGAUCUGGCCAAGAUUGCCUCUUCCAUACUCUACCGCUCGCCGCUGCCCUCGCCCGAGGGGAGGCCCGUCUUCAUCCUCAACGCCGCCGCCCUCCCCGACUCCCACGACGCCGACUACGACCUGCUGCUGCCCUAUGUCCUCGCCCGCCUGCCCGAGGAGGACGAGCUGCUCAAGGGCUACGAGUAUGAGGUCGUCUUCUUUGCUGGCGACGGCGAUGGCUCCGCAACCAGCAAGAAGCACAGGCCCGGCUGGGGCUGGUUCCUGCAGGCCUACCACGUCCUCUCCAGGGCCAUGCGCAAGAGACUCCAGCGCCUGUACAUUGUCCACGAGAAGGCAUGGGUGAGGAUCUUGACGGAAAUCUUCUCCACGAUUGUUAGCCCCAAGUUCAGGAGGAAGAUCUAUCACUUGUCCAGCUUGACCCAGCUUGCCCGCGAAAUCCCCAUUGAAGACCUCCUUAUCCCCCCUUCAACCUAUCUCGCCGACCGUCGUGUGUCUGAAAACAUUGCCGCAUUCAAUGGCCCCGGGAGACGAGCCUUUGGAACCCGCACUCCAUUCCCUGCUGCCAGCAAUGGCAAGACCCGUUUCCCCCGUGUUCUCAGGGAGACGACCAGCUUCAUCCUCAUGGAAGAGAACAUCACGUCAGAAGGCUUGUUUCGGGUGCCUCCACACUCGAGACUGCGCGACUCGCUGAAAGAAGCAUACGAUAGGGGCCAGAAGUACAUCAUCUGGAAGGACAACGACACCAUGUUGCCAGUACCCCCCUACCCCCAGGCCGAGCACCAGGACGAGAUACUCGCUGAGCUAAUCCCUACCGACGCAUACUCGGUCUACAUGGCCGCCACACUCAUCAAGGCCUGGUAUGCUUCCUUGCGGCAACCAAUCUUCCCUACCGAGUCCUACCGGGACCUGCGCCGACUGUAUGGAAACAGCCAGGACAUCUUUGAGCUCGACAAGCUGGUUGACCUUUUCUCUCCAAAAUCUGAAUGGUCGCUAUUGCCUGGUCUGUCUCGUGAAAUUCUCUGCAGACACCUACUACCCCUCCUGAGCGCGGUAGCUGCACGACAAGCAGAAAACAAAAUGAGCGCCGAGAACUUGGCCGUCUGCUUCGCCCCGGGUUUGCUUUGUGGACCUGAUCAGCUUGAAGAUGCAAAGAUGUCUUCCAUCAUCAGAAGAAUCUUUGGUCAAGCAAUCGACAUGUGGACUGACGGACUUAGAGAAGCAUGUGGUCAGACAGAAGAGGUCUUUUACGCAGAACUGAAGCUACCUAAGAACCAAAACGAUUGGGAGGAUCCAGUAGACAACUCAAGAGACUCGGAAGACAGCAGCGGAUUCAUGGAAGAACAAAUAAAGGGCAUCACACUUGUCGAUAACGAAAAAGCGCCCUCUUUGCAUGACCCCCGACAAGGUCAAAAAGAGGAGCAGCCACCUCCGCUCCCGCCGCGGUCUCGCGCACCCUCUACCAAAUCUUCCAUCGACUCGGUUCACCGAAAGCCAGCGCCGCCACUCACCGUCCCCCCACGCUACUCGACUGUCAUAUCAGACGCCGCUACAGAUGCUGGCGAGUCGCCCAUCACCCUUGCCGCCACCACCGACGGCUUCGCGCCAUUCCGUAAUAACGACAGCAGCUCCGAACAGCCCCCGCAGCUCCCACCCAGACGGGAUGCCCAAUCAGAUGAGAAGAAGUCUGGUAUGAGCAAUCCAAUCCCAGUUCUUCCCAUGUCCGCUCCUACACGCGCGGAACAAGAUACGCGCUCACAAGUUUCCACUACUGCUUCUUCUCCAGUGUCUCAAUUCAAUAUUCCUAAGAGGAAGACCCUGACUGCGACGCAGAUUGACAACGUCGAUAAGGCCGUCGUCGCACAAAACGAAGCAAACCGAGCACAGCCCGUGGGUGGCAUGGCGCUUCCCGGGCUUACGGGUAACUAUAGCAAUGCUAACAACACAGGCAUCAAGGGUGGCCUGUCUCCAACAAGCACAUCUGUGAAGAGCGAGAUGGCAACCUCGCCUCAGGUGGCAUCACCCCAGAGUGCCGUGUCAGCACCAGCAUUCGUGUCCCGCCGCCCAAGCGUCCCUUUUUCCGCAACACCCUCCAAAGUCAGUCGUAGUCCAAGCAUCAACUCCCUCGCACGCCCCGUCUUUCCAACAACCCCGCAAGUCCCCAUUAUAAGCCAGCCCUCGCCGCACAGAGCGUCCACCCUUCCCGUCCCUUCUGCCGCGCCCCGUCUCCGCACCCCCAGCCCAAGCCUCAUGCAACGCAUGCCUAGUUUUGAGAAUUUCGCAAAGGACCCCGCCAAGAAAGACGAUGGUGACGACAGCCACGGCGGCGUCGCGAGGGGUCGCGCCCUCAAACCAACCAAAGUCACCAUGAAGAAGCAGUCGGUCGAGCACUUGAGGCGCUUGUACGAGGAGCGUGCGGGUACGGCGAGUGUGCUGAUUCAAGCGGCCAAGCAAAAGAGUAGUGGUUCUUGAGACUUUUUCUUUUUCUUUUUCCUUUUUAAUUUCCUAGUAGCGGAUAUAUACAUGUUUUCAAUGUCGAGUCUUGUUCUCUUGUUGCUUUGGUUUUUAGGGCCCGCUGAGAUGGGGUGCUGAGAUUUUUAUUUUCUUUGUAAUUAUACAGUAGGCUAAUUAUUUGAUAAUGUCUCU